GUGUGACGGGCCAGGACGCGUGCAUUGGCUUUUACUCUGCCCUUCAGUUCGUAUAAGCCCUGCCAGCUGUCUGAGGUGGACUCCUCCCGUUGACCAUGAUGCGCACUUACGGAUUCCAGCCUUGCCGCGAAUUCCAUAUCGUUGUCCUAGGCACCGGAGGUGUCGGCAAGAGUUGCUUAACUGCACAAUUCGUACACAACGAAUGGAUUGAAAGCUAUGAUCCAACCAUUGAGGACUCGUACAGGACACAAGUGGCUGUCGAUGGACGACAAGUGAUACUGGAAAUCCUCGACACCGCCGGUACAGAACAAUUCGUUGCUAUGCGAGACCUGUACAUGAAGGCCGGCCAAGGAUUUCUGUUAGUCUUCAGUAUAACCUCGCAAGCCUCGCUAGACGAGCUCGCCACGCUCCGUGAGGAGAUCAUACGCAUCAAAGAUGACGAGAACAUCCCCAUCGUCAUGGUGGGCAACAAGGCCGACCUGCUAGACCAACGAGCCGUCGAUCGCGCAAAGGCCUUUACCAUUUCUCAACAGUGGAAUGCGCCUUAUUACGAGGCUAGCGCUAGGACGAGGACAAACGUUGACGAAGUCUUCAUCGACCUCUGCCGCCAAAUGCUCCGAAGGGACGAUAGCGGCCAAGUAGACGACGACGACGGCGCACGCAAUGGUAGCGGGUACGGCUACGGCCAAGGGAAACAGGAGGAUGGUCAUGGGCCCAUGAAGAAGAAGCGGAGGAGAAAGAGGAAGGGCGACCACAAGUGCAUAAUCAUGUGAAGCAAACUGAACGCCUUUUACAUAACACCUUGCCUCACAGCGUUAAUAAGACGAUGGUCUCGGGAUUGAGGAAC